UCGGUGCAGUCGACUGUGAUCGUUGAACGGGUGCACAUCUUCCCACUUCCAUCUCCGGUAACGAUACCCGAUUUUCGCCGGCAUUCAACACACCUGCUUUGUGCCGAUUUCGUGAAAAUUAUCGCACAAGCGUGCGAUCGUUAUUCGUGCGUGGGUUUUUGCUUCGUGAGUUUUGCGUGAUUCGUGUAGAUGUGUUGUAGAGGCAAACACAUCGGUCCCAUCGCUAGAGGUCCCCGCUGUUAGAGACAGUGCAAAUAAUGUGCUAUUUCCGUGCUAAUGUGAAAUACAAUGUUUGGCAGCUCACAGACCGGUGGUGCUGCUACUGCUGCUACUGCUGUUGCUGGGCAAACAAGUGCACGUACAAUUAAAGCUCUUAGCCGGAACGAUCGCUAAUUAAACAACAAGCUGUUGACAGACCAGCGGUGGAGUGCAGAUACAGUUUAGCUGUGUGUACGGGGUAGCAGCCCGGUGUCAAUAGACUGUUGGCAAACAGUAAAACCCUGUGAGCGGUGCAAAUCUGUAUUAGGGUUGAAUUUCCAAAGCGAGGCUAACCUUCUGCCAAACGUCCUUAGUCGCUCAAAGAUGCCUACAACAACCCGACGAGCCAUAGCAUCGGCUCAGCAUUUUUAGCUCAUCGUUUGCGUACGGGCUGCGGUACGUGCGUAAAGUGUUUGGCAACGGCCAACAUUGUGAACCGGCCAAUAUCCGGCAGUGAAAAUGACGAUCGCGAGCUGUGAAUGUACUGUGCCGUGAUACUUUGCUCAUAAGACACGCUUGUCAAAUCAACAACAAAGCGGGAUACAAAGUUUGAUGUGCAAAACAAAAGCUUUUUUUUGUCAGUUACGAUCGUUAAGUGAGUGUUUGUGUGAUUUGGUGAGCUAAAUGCGCAGUUCUAUCAAUCCCGUUUUAAUAAGUUCAAGUGUAUUGAAAUAAAAAAGUGAUAGUGUGGAUAUACAUUCAACUACUUCAUCCACGUUCAUCCAAGCAAUAAAAUGGCUUCGCGAGUUAUUAUAUUCGCACUCCACGGUGUGUUGCUAUUGUCCAGCCUGGUUGCAGCAGGAAACUCGUUUGCCGAUACAUUUCAAAUGGAGGAGUACCUCAAAUUUCCACCAGUGUUCGUGUACGACGACUUCGAGGAUUGCCGCCGAUGGUACCAGGAUAGCUACGUCUAUUGCAUCGUCAAAGCACCACUAGCACAGGACGAGUCGUCCGAUCUUUGGAGGAAUAUUAGUUAUUUUUCCAGUGACUAUCACCACUACGAUCAUUCGGUGCUGGAGCGGGGUGUCUGUGUGCCAAAGUGUCACGACGCUAUCAUACAAAAUGCGACCGAAAGUGGAAUGGAUCGGCUGUCGCGCGAGGAAAUGAUUCAUCGCUGUAUAAGUGCAGAGAUAACGCCGCACUAUAAUCUGAUGGUAUCGUCCGAGUUGCGGAUUCAGCACUGCUACGCUCGUGAUACUGAAAAUAUUCCCUAUGAUUGGCUCGAUGUGAUGUUUCUCGUGCUAGCGGCCGCAAUUAUCGUACUCGUGGUAGCUUCCACCGUGUACGAUCUGCACCAGCAGGCCAAACAAAAGUUUCCCGAGGAUUACUUCACACGCAGCUCCAAGCAGGCGCAUCAGCGGCUUCUCACAGCAUUCUCCUUUCCACGGAAUAUCCGCCGACUGAAGGAACCGAUGCACACACAGACGCGCAUCGAUCUUGCAUGCUUCGAAGCGUUCCGGUUCGCACAAACGUUCCGGGUCAUCUUUCUGCAUGUGACGAUCGCCCACCUAAAGAUCCCACAGCGUAAUCCCGAGUAUCUGGAGCAGCUUCAGCAUGGUGCUUCGCUGCAAACGUUCAUUGCGGAGUUUCAAAACUACGUACAGACGUUCUUCACUAUCGGCGGUAUGCUGAUGGCGAUCAAUUUCCUGGAUCAUGUACGCAAGAAUCCUACCUUCCGCUUGUCGUACUUUGGUGAGCGGCUGCUCAAUCGAAUCUGCCGACUAGUGCCGACGUACGCGUUCAUGAUACUGCUCGAGGCAUCGGUUAUGCGGCAUCUGAUCGAUGGACCGUUCGGGCAGCAGUUUAUUGGCGAGUCGGCCGAAAACUGUCAACAGCGCUGGUGGAUGAAUUUGCUCUUCGUCAACAACUAUGUCGGAUGGGAUAAUCCGUGCUUCAUACCCUCGUGGUACCUCGCAACAGAUCUGCAGCUGUUCGUGUUUGGUCUCGUGAUUAUGAUGAUUUUCUGGCGAUGGCCCUCAACCCGAAGAUACAUCUUCGGUGCAAUCUUCGUCUACAGUGCAAUCGUUCCGGCGGUGGCCUACCUGCUGUCCAACAUUACGCCCGUCAUGACGGUCGACAUGAAGGACGCGGAACAGUACAUCCGGGGCCAAAACUUCCAGAGCGUCCUCUACUUCCCGUUCCACCAGAACACGGGCAUUUACUUCUUCGGCAUGCUGGCCGGCAUCGUCUAUCAUCACUAUCGCGAUCAGCGGAAGGAACUGUUUAAGGUGGCUGCCUUCCGCCAGCUGGCACAAUUCAGCGGACUGCUGUACGUGUUCUGCAUGGCUACCGUGUCCUGGGUGGUGUCGAACCUUUCCUGGCUACCGGCCAUCUGUCUCGCUGCGUACGCCAGUGCCUUCAAGCUGAGCUGGGGACUGUUCAACACGGUGCUGCUGCUAGCGUUAGCUCUGCUUCACCGAAACAACUGGAUCAAGAUGGCGCUCAGCCAUCCGAUCUUCCGAGUGCUCGGCAAGCUCGGCUACAGCGUCUAUCUCAUCCACUUUACCGUGAUAGUGCAGGUGUAUGGUAGGGAAAAGGCGCCCAUCUUUAGCAACGAACAGAUCGUCACGGGCUACACCGUUGAGGUGCUGUUUUUCAGUUACAUCUUUGGAGCGUUACUUUGCGUUCUGGUAGAGCUACCUACAGGGGCUGCCCUGAAGGAGUUGAUCGAGCCUAGAGCGCGAAAGGCCUCGAUCAAUGAGGUGCACACGGCGUCGGUACCUAUCGGCACGCAGGUAGGAUCGCCGUCUCCCACACUGGCUAGCCCACCGGACGCGACAGUCAUGAAGAGCUCGGACGAGAACCGAUAAAUGUGAUAACCCAAGACAUCUGCUGAAGCUGGCGAAGCUUGGAGAAUCGAUCUGCUGCGAGAGAUACAGAACUAUUCCAUUACCGUCCUUGAUGAUUCCAAUGUCUGCGUAAAACCUUUUACCGAGUGUUAUAGUACUUUAAACUGCAAUACAAGUGUUUUUUUUUAUAUACCAAAGUGCUCACUUCAUGCCUGCAAUGUAGAGGUAGAUAAAAAAAAGGUUCUCAUCGCAGCGAAGAUUCUUCCGCAGCUUCUCCAUCACCUUUAAGACUGACCGACAUCCGCUACCGACCGCCUUCCGGUGUGGGACACGUAAACUAAGCCCUCUGUACAAAAACAAACAAGCGAACAAAAAAACCUUACCGAUAAGCCACGACGUUUCGGGUCGUUAAACAAAAGUAUUCGUUAGUUUUAGGGUCCGGUUUUAGCUUGUGUGAGCUUUCGCGCGCAUACUAUCGAGCACGAUCACUACUGGUGCAAGGUACACUUAUAGGCUGUUUUUUUAAAUUUUAUAUUGUUUUCUACGUGCAAGGAUGUAAGCCAACGCUGCCGGUUUGGGAAUGAGCUUGCGUACUACCGGCUUAGAUAGCGCAAGGUUCACACGAUUGUUGUGGAAUAAAUAAAAUUGUAUGAAAAAUAAUACACCAUU